AACUUGAUUUACAUUAUAAUCAAUUAACACAAUUACCAACAUUAAAUAAUCAAAAAUUAUUUCAACAAUUAAAUAAACUUAAAAUAAAUUUUAAUUUUUUUACAAAAUUACCAAUUAAUUUUUUACAAUAUUUAACAAAACUUGAAUAUUUAGAUAUAUCAACAAAUGAUUUUGAAAUAUUAAAUCAACAAUUUCCAAAAAAUUUAAAUACAUUAAAAACAUUAAAAAUGGAUUCAUUAAAUAAAUUAAAAAUAAUUAAAUGUAAUAUAUUUAAUAAAAUGGAAUUAUUAGAAGAAAUAGAUAUUGCACAUUCAAAUAUAAGUCAAUUAGAUAAUUGUAUAUUUAAUGGAUUAACUCAAUUAAAAAUAGUAAGAAGAAUCUUUGCUUUUCUUUUUUUUCUUUAAUUAAUUCCUUUUUUUAGAUCAUUUUUUUUUGAUAGAUAAAUACAAGCCAUAACUGUAGACCAAAAUUUAAGUCUAUGAGUGUAAAAUUAGUCGCAAUUUGAAACGAGUAAAUGUAUAUUAUUCUACGUUUCUAAAACGGUGUAUCACUUUUUAAUUAAUGAGUAAUUAAUAAUCGUAAUUUGAAAUAGAGAUAUACAUAUAAAUUAGUCGCUUUCUAGAAACAAUAAAAAGUAGAAACAUAUAGAAUAAGAAUUGGUGACUGUAUUUAUGGAUAAUACGCAGUUGUAUUUAAAAAGAUAAUGUCUAUAUUUAUGGGCGAAUGUUAGAAUAAGAAUCAACCUCCCAAAGCAAAAUGAUUAAUUUUGAUUAAUAAUCAGUAAAACAUAUCCUAAUGAUUAUUAUUUAUUAUUAUUAUUUCUUACGAAAGAAUAUUUUAUAGCAUGAUUAGUCGUUGAAAACUAAUUCCCUAGUGAUCGAUUCUUACAAAAGAAUCUG